AUGAUGAGGAAACAUGACAGAGAUCAUCCUCCAGGAGAAUCCAAAGUAUAUACACCUUGAGGCUAUGGCGACCUGCUAGAAAAAAACUACAGCAAGGCAAUUGUAAAGUUUACGUGGGGUGGGACAGGAUAUAUUGAAUCUAGUUCUAUAAGUUAUAGCAUCCCAAUACAAGUUAAGCUCUUCUCUAAAGACAGAAAAAUAUUAACGUUUGAUUGGAAUAUUUCACAUGAUUUUUUCUUGCUUUUUACGCAAUUAAAAAAGCAGCUAUCAAUUUCGGCUGGAACCUAUAUCAAACUUAUACAUCCUAUGGGCUCAAUACGUGAAAUUUUAGGGUCUGAUACCCCCUACUCUUUAAAACUCAAAAGAAACGCCAAAUUCGUUGCAUUGCUAAGGCAAAACAUUUUUUGAAAUGAAAACAAAAAAGCAAGUAAUAUUGAAAUUUCUAACAAUGGCUUAACCGCUUUAAAGAAAACAGAAGACGAAUUCGAAACAGCUUUAGCAAAUAUAACAUUGACUAGUGGCUCUUAUUAUUGGGAAAUAAAAGUUGACUUGUUAGUUGACGACGAUGACAUUUUCAUUGGUGUUGCUGAUGGAAAUAUACCUUUAUCAGGGCAUCCACCUGAUCUGGGAAUGUUUUGGGGGUUUAGGUGUAGUGGAGGAAAGAAGUUUAGGCCGGAUUCAGGAAUUGAAGAUUAUGGAGAAACGGCUGGAAAUGGAGAUGUAGUGGGAGUAAGGCUGGAAUAUAUUGGAGAUAACGGGUCGAUAAGUUUUUUAAGGAAUGGAAAAGACUAUGGAGUUGCAUAUACAAAUGUUCCGACAAAUGUUUUCCCUGCAGUUUCUAUGUUUUACCAAAGGACACAAGUGACGCUGAUAUGCAAAAAUUAA